GCUGAGCAGUGUAACUGUGUCGGUCUGAGCCAGCACUGGGUUGGGUCCGGAGGAGGCGAGAAGGGCACCUUACGCCCGGCCGGAAUGCAGGAUGAUCGAAGCAGCCAGAUUUCCCCGUAGGACUACGGGUUCCACGUUCUUGCACCCGCUCAGCGACUUGUUUGGCAUCCCCCUCGACCAGGUCAAUUUUGUUGCUUGUCAGCUUUUUGCGCUCUUGGCUGCGUUUUGGUUUCGCUUGUACUUAAGGCCCAGUCAGGCCAGCUCUGGUGUUCGUCAUGCUUUUGCCACAAUUUUGGGAAUAUAUUUUGCUGUCUUCUGCUUUGGUUGGUACUCCAUCCAUAUUUUUAGUUUAGUGAUGAUAAGCUAUGGCAUCAUGAACAUGGCCAGUAUUCCCAACAUUCACAGGUAUUCUUUCUUGGUAGCUAUGGGUUACCUCACACUGUGCCAUAUUAGCCGAAUAUACAUAUUCCAGUAUGGUAUUCUCACUACAGAUUUCUCAGGCCCAUUGAUGAUCGUAACCCAAAAGAUCACAAGUCUUGCAUUCCAGGUUCAUGAUGGAAUAGGUAAAAAAGGUGAAGAUCUAACUUCUGAACAGAAUGAGCUUGCUCUAAAGACAAGGCCUUCGUUGUUGGAGUACCUGAGCUAUCAGCUCAACUUCAUGAGUAUUAUUGCUGGCCCAUGCAGCAAUUUUAAGGAUUACAUAGCUUUCAUUGAAGGGAGACACGUGCAGAUGAAGUUAUUAGAGGUCAGCUGGAAACAGAGGAGCUGUGAUAGAUUUCCUGAUCCUUCUCCAGCGGGAGCCAUCCGGCACAAACUUGGUAUCACUCUUGUAUCUCUGCUUUUGUUCCUGACACUUACCAAGACCUUCCCAGCAUCUUACAUUGUUGAUCAUCAAUUUAUAAAUCAAUCUUCAUUCUUGACAAGACUUGGUUUUCUGUAUGUUGUCGUGCAAGCCUCAAAGCCAAAAUAUUACUUUGCUUGGACACUUGCUGAUGCAAUUAAUAAUGCAGCUGGUUUUGGAUUCAAUGGUGUGGAUGAGAAAGGCAAUUACCGCUGGGAUCUACUGUCUAAUUUGAAUAUCAGGAAUAUCGAGAUGGCAACAAGUUUUAAAAUGUACUUAGAAAACUGGAAUAUUCAAACAACUGCCUGGCUUAAACGUGUAUGUUAUGAUCGGGCUUCUUGGUAUCCUACAGCCUUAACGUUUCUUCUCUCAGCUCUUUGGCACGGUGUUUAUCCUGGAUAUUAUUUUACAUUUAUCACGGGCAUCUUAAUGACACUAGCAGCCAGAAGAGUUAGGAACAAUUGUCGACACAUUUUCUUCUCACCAAACCUGCUCAAGGUGGGCUAUGACAUGGUCACCUGGUUGGUAACUCAGCUGUCGGUUUGCUACACGGUGGCACCAUUUGUUCUGCUUGCAGUUGAGCCGACAAUUAAAUUAUACAAAUCACUGUAUUUCCAUAUGCAUAUUUCAUGUAUACUGGUAUUACUGGUGCUACCAAACAAAUCUCAAAAACUCAUCAGAAGGAAGCAGCCCUUCGAAAUAGAGGCACACAGUUGUAAUAAAAACAAGAAACAAAAGUGAUACUGGAAAAUCUUCCUCUACAGGAUACUGGAAUAAAGGGUACAGAGAAGGCACAUUGCAGUGGGUUAAUUUAAAACACUUUUCAAAGGACAUAACAGAACUGGACUGUUUAUCCAAAAACAAAUCUUACCUGGUAAUGUUUACAUUCUUCAAGGGCAAGUUUUAUAAAUUUUAUAAAUUAAAGGGAUUAUUUUAAUGAAGAGUUUUUACUGCAUUUAAAUAUUUAUACUUGUAUUUCAUUUGUUUAAAAUAUACAUUAUCUAUUGUUGAGGUAGGCAUGUUGGUUCACUUAAUUUCAAAAUGUUUUCUUUUUUCCCAUCAUCCUUUCAAAUUGGUUAAGAUAAAAAAAGCUGGUUGUGUCAUUCCCAAGGAGUAGACUGUAGAAUUUCAUAAACAGAUGCUCAUAAUAUAUCAAAAAGUCUUAGGGUAUGUGAUUUCUCACAUCCUUGGCAAAAAGGAAUAUUCAGAUAUUUGAGAGUUACUGAUCUAGAACAACGGAAAAGCACAUGCUGCUUGGUUGGAAACUAAUGAUAAAAAACUGGAAUAUUGUGGGUCUGGUUUCCCUUGUAGAUGUAAAAUUAGAUAUCUCUAUUUUGUGUGACCUGCACUAUGUAUGAUUUUGUCUUUAUUCUAGGCUGACCAAUGAAUGAUAUCUACUAGGUAUCAUAGAACUAUCAUUCCAUUGUAGCAUUUGCUACAGGCAAGCAAAAUUUUCUUGGAAAUAACUCAGGGACACUUUAUAUUAAUGAUUUCACUUGAACUGUACAGAAUAUGCAUCUUUGAAAUUGUCUAAUUUUAAAAAUAAUGCUUUUUAAGGAGUAUAAUUUAGCGAGCUAUUUUUGCAUUUUUCUAAAAAUAAAUAAAUACUGUGAGGAAACACAAUAAAUUAAUAAGAAUUAAGCAACUCCAGUUCUCUAACAACCUUCAGCUUGCCUAUAUUGUGCCUAUUGGCUGCUUGUUGCAGAGUUGCAUUUUUGAAAAAACGUUUAGAUUAAGAACGAAAACUAUCAAAGCAAUGUAUUCAUAUCAGGGAAUAAAAAUACGUUCAAAUUUCUUUUAUAAAUUAAGCAGAUUUUUUAAUGAGCUGGACUGUUCAAAAUCAGUGUAAGCAAUCAAUGUAACUUUGGAUUAUAUGACUUCUACGUAAUGCACUUCCCAGAACAUACUGCUUUGGGAAUUAAUGUUAUCAAUGUCCGUUACUACGUUUUUUAUGAAUUGUACCAUUAUGGAUAUAUGCAUUCUGGACAAUUUCUCUACGGUAUUCCAAAGUCUUCAUUAUUCAGGUUUAAAAAUACAAGAAAUAUCAAUAAAAAUAUUGAAAUGCGGUAAUAAAAUAAUUGGUGAAAGAG